AUGUUCGGCGGCCGCCGGGCCUGGUUCUCCCAGAGCGUCACCCGGGAGCUCUGCGACCUCUGGGUUGCUGAAGGAGGGGUGAUCACAAACCACAAGGAUGCCGAUUACCUGUUCAGCAGUGAUGCUUCCCACCCUGACACAAAAAGAAUACAUGAGAGCUUAGAUUAUCUAGAAGACAGAAUUGAAGUUUUUCAUUCCUGUUUUCUCAAUGCAAGUGCCAACUCUGAAAUUAAAACCACGGUUCCACUGGGACAUUUCCUCCUUCCACCUGCCUGCCUACAAGAAGAAAUUAGGGGGAAAAUUGGCAGUUUUAUAUGGGAGCAACUAACUGAACCCCUGAAGCCUCAGCCCAGCUUACUCGCUGAAGAGAGGCAUGGCAGGAAUGACCAAGAGCUAAAUGACACGAGAGGGUUGGAGAGAAGUGAAGGCCAUCAAACCCCAGGGACACCAGAAAGAACGAGGGUGGCCUAUAUUCCACUGCAGGAUUAUCCAGCAAGUAACAUGGUGACAGGUUAUGCUUCUGCUAAAGAGAUGAAGAAGUAUCUUGGGGAGAUACGGGAUUUCAUCCCAGGCCGCUCUGGUUACCUGGUGUACUGUAUACAGAAUGAUACUAGUUUUUUAUCUAAUAAGAAACCAAACUUGAAACGAAAGUUAUAA